UUCUAUUCUCUCAGGGUUUCCGCGGUUGCCAGCCCCGCCCGCCUCACCUGCACGUCACGUGAUCCACGCACCUCCGAGGGCACCUGAGGGCGGAUCCUGCAAGCCUCGGGUCUUACAGGUGGAAGUGGCCGCAUCCCUGGGCCGGUUUAGCAGCGACGGCACCAGGAUAUUUUACUUCAAAUAAGAACCAUGGUGAAACUAAUCCACACAUUAGCUGAUCACGGUGAUGAUGUCAACUGCUGUGCAUUCUCCUCUUCCCUCCUGGCUACUUGCUCUUUGGACAAAACAAUUCGCCUGUACUCCCUCAGUGACUUUACUGAACUGCCCCACUCUCCAUUGAAGUUUCACACCUAUGCUGUCCACUGCUGCUGUUUCUCCCCUUCAGGACAUAUUUUGGCUUCCUGUUCAACAGACGGUACCACUGUCCUAUGGAAUACUCAAAAUGGAGAGACUUUGGCAGUGAUGGAACAGCCCAGUGGUAGCCCCGUGAGGGUUUGCCGGUUUUCCCCAGACUCCACUUGUUUGGUAUCUGGGGCAGCUGAUGGAACAGUUGUUUUGUGGAAUGCUCAGUCGUACAAGUUGUAUAGGUGUGGUAGUGUUAAGGAUGGCUCCUUGGUGGCCUGUGCAUUUUCUCCAAAUGGAAACCUCUUUGUCACUGGCUCCUCAUGUGGAGAUUUAACAGUGUGGGAUGAUAAAAUGAGGUGUCUGCAUAGUGAAAAAGCACAUGAUCUUGGAAUUACCUGCUGUGAUUUUUCUUCACAGCCAGUUUCUGAUGGAGAGCAAGGCCUUCAGUUUUUUCGAUUGGCAUCAUGUGGUCAGGAUUGCCAGAUCAAAAUUUGGCUUGUUUCUUUUACCCAUAUCUUAGGUUUUGAAUUAAAAUAUAAAAGUACACUGAGUGGGCACUGUGCUCCUGUUCUGGCUUGUGCUUUUUCUCAUAAUGGGCAGAUGCUAGUCUCGGGAUCAGUGGAUAAAUCUGUCAUAGUGUAUGAUAUUAAUACUGAGAAUGUACUUCACACAUUGACUCAGCAUACCAGGUAUGUCACAACUUGUGCCUUUGCACCCAAUAUCCUUUUACUUGCUACUGGUUCAAUGGACAAAACAGUGAACAUCUGGCAAUUUGAUCUGGAAACACCUUGCCAAGCAAGGAGCACAGAAGAGGAGACAAAGCAAUUUCCUGAAGACUGGUCAGAGGAUGAUGUCUCCGUGUGGCUUUGUGCACAAGGUUUAAAUGACCUUGUUGGUAUUUUCAAAAUGAAUAACAUUGAUGGAAGAGAACUGUUGAAUCUCACCAAGGAAAGUCUGGCUGAUGAUUUGAAAAUUGAAUCUCUAGGGCUGCGGAGUAAAGUGCUGAGGAAAAUAGAAGAGCUCAGGACAGAAGUGAAAACCCUUUCUUCUGGAAUUCCUGAUGAAUUUCUAUGUCCAAUAACUAGGGAGCUUAUGAAAGAUCCUGUCAUUGCAACAGACGGCUAUUCAUAUGAAAAGGAAGCAAUGGAAAACUGGAUCAGCAAAAAGAAACGUACAAGUCCCAUGACAAAUCUAGUUCUUUCUUCAGUGGUACUUACACCAAACAGGACUCUGAAAAUGGCCAUUAGCCGAUGGCUGGAGACACAUCAAAAAUAAAAUUGUUUAUAUUGUA